CCGCCCCGCAGGCGGCACCGGAAGUGGCAGGCCAGGAUCAGCCUUUAAGAUGGCGUCUCCUCAGGGGGGCCAGAUUGCGAUCGCGAUGAGGCUUCGGAACCAGCUCCAGUCAGUGUACAAGAUGGACCCGCUACGGAACGAGGAGGAGGUUCGAGUGAAGAUCAAAGACUUGAAUGAGCACAUCGUUUGCUGCCUGUGCGCUGGCUACUUCGUGGAUGCCACCACCAUCACAGAGUGUCUUCAUACUUUCUGCAAAAGUUGUAUAGUGAAGUACCUUCAAACCAGCAAGUACUGCCCCAUGUGCAACAUCAAGAUCCACGAGACACAACCACUGCUCAACCUCAAACUGGACCGGGUCAUGCAGGACAUCGUGUACAAGCUAGUGCCUGGUUUGCAAGACAGUGAAGAGAAACGGAUUCGGGAAUUCUACCAGUCCCGAGGCCUGGACCGGGUCACCCAGCCCAGUGGGGAAGAGCCAGCCCUGAGCAACCUUGGCCUCCCCUUCAGCAGCUUUGACCACUCUAAAGCUCACUACUAUCGCUAUGAUGAGCAGCUGAGCCUAUGCCUAGAGCGGCUGAGUUCUGGCAAAGACAAGAAUAAAAGCGUCCUGCAGAACAAGUAUGUCCGAUGUUCUGUUAGAGCUGAGGUACGCCAUCUCCGGAGGGUCUUGUGUCACCGCUUAAUGCUAAAUCCUCAGCAUGUGCAGCUCCUUUUUGACAAUGAAAUUCUCCCUGAUCACAUGACAAUGAAGCAGAUAUGGCUCUCCCGCUGGUUCGGCAAGCCAUCCCCUUUGCUUUUACAAUACAGUGUGAAAGAGAAGAGGAGGUAGGGGCCGAGCCCCCACUCCAUCCCACUCCCCUUCCCUCCCCAGAUAUUUAUGUGAAAUUAAUCGUGGCUUUAUUUUUUGAAAUAAAAACAUUAAAAAAG